AUGAAAAAAAAAGGGAGUUCACAGCAACAGGGGGAGAAUGGCAUUCCCGAAAAUUCCCCCCAAACGCGCGACACUCAUGAUAGACAUAGCAAUCCCAGCGAAGUGCCGUUAAAUGAGGCAGGCGCAGACACCAACAUGAGUACCAUCAGCAUCAGCCGCCUCAGCAGCAACAGCAACGAAGCAAAUAUCCUUUUAAAGAAGAAAAAAAAUCAGAGAAAAUGUAAAAAUAACGCAGCUAUCGCGAAAAAGAAGGAUACCGAAGAGGCCCAUCCCCACUCGAGCGCUUCCAAAUAUAAACUAGUAAACUACUUUAACAACAUCAAGUACAAUUUUUCCCUUAGGAGAUAUCUUAAGAUGCUUGUCACAGUCUCCAUUUUUAACUACCUACCUCUGAACCUGUGCAACUUAUCGAACACGGCCUACAU